CAAAAUAAAAAUAUUAACCCAUCAUGAAACUUGAAAGAUCGUGAACACCACCACAUUCAUAGGAGUAGUCAUGACUUGAGUUCUCAUUUUCCGUUCCCCGCGACACUCGACACACUAAAUAAAUAACAUAACAUAAAAUACUAUACACCCCUUUCUUGGUGUUCGUUUCUCAUCACUUCGUAACCAAGAUCAUGGAGGAAAGGAAGCAAUCGCGUUACGUGAAGCUGACUAAGGACAAUGUUUCUAUGGAAGAUAUCACGCCUGGUGAACUCAAUCAGCCAAUUGAGGUUCCUCAGUUGGCUGUUCACAAGUGCAUGGAAUGUGGGCAGCCAUUACCUGAAAGCUAUACACCUCCUGCUGAUGAACCUUGGAUGACUGGGAUCUUUGGAUGCACUGAAGAUAGGGAAAAUUGCUUGACAGGGCUGUUUUGUCCUUGUGUAUUAUUUGGGCGCAAUGUAGAAACCUUGCAUGAAGAAACUCCUUGGACUGGACCAUGCAUUUGUCAUGCCAUUUUUGUAGAGGGUGGCAUUGCUCUGGCAACUGCAACUGCAAUCUUUAAUGGUUUCAUUGACCCAGGGACAUCAUUUCUCAUUUUUGAGGGCUUAUUUUUUACUUGGUGGAUGUGUGGAAUUUAUACUGGUCAGGUUCGACAAAACUUACAGAAGAAGUAUCACUUGGAGAACUCACCAUGUGAUCCAUGUUGUGUGCACUGCUGCAUGCACUGGUGUGCCUUGUGUCAAGAGCACAGGGAGAUGAAAGGAAGGCUUUCUGACAGCUUUUUCUCUGAGACAACCAUUGUAAAUGCUCCUCCCAUUCAAGAGAUGAAGUCUACUGAUGACAAGGAACACCCUGAAACCUCUUCUUCUGCUAAUAGCAAGGAGCAUACUGGUUUGGAGUUACAGGUUGUAUAGGGCAUUACCUUUGUCAAUAUUGAAAAGAAUUGCAUAUAUUUCCGAAUUUUGCUUGAUAGAGAAUAACUUUCUUCGACCUGAGUUCCCUGUGUUAUUACAUUGGACAUGUAGAUCAAACAUAGAAAAUUCUUCUGCUUUCAGGUGCCAACUUAAAUUGAAUUGAUAUCUAUUUUUUUAGAAUAUUAAUGGCUUCUUCAA